UCACAAUAAAGAUUGUGUCUGUGUCAUUAUUGGUCCCUGGUACCAGCUUCUGUGCUCCACCGCUCGACUGCUCAACUCGAUCAGAUAUUCUUAGACAAUUUAUUCUAACAGUUGGGGGCUCGUGCGCAAAAGGUGGGGGUCUCUCCUUGUGAACCAGGGAAAAGCCCAGAGAGCGAGGAGGAAAAGUGUGCCGAAGAUCAGAGGAGGACCUACAAUAAAAGGGGGGGCUGACAGGAGCCAAUUUUUUUUAGUGUUUUUGAGGGAGCAGAGGUGCUGACAGUCAAACAGACAGUGUGACAAGCAGAAGAAGAUGAAGGGGUGUCUGACACUCGUUUUACUCUCCACUAUAAUCACUCUAACCACAUCUGAUUUUGAGACUGUUAGGUUGGUUGGUGGGAACAGUCCCUGCAGUGGUAGAGUGGAGGUUCAUCAUGAUGGUCAGUGGGGAACAGUGUGUGAUAACGACUGGGAUAUGACUGAUGCUGCAGUGGUGUGUAGAGAAAUCGGAUGUGGAGAGGCUGUAGAGGCUCUGGGUGGUGCUCAUUUUGGACAAGGAUCAGGACCAUUCUGGAUGGAUUAUGUGGCCUGUAGUGGAUCAGAGGCCACACUGAAGGACUGUAGAUCAAGAGGAUGGGGUGUUAGUAACUGUGUUCAUCAUGAAGAUGCUGGAGUCAAAUGCUCAGAAACUUUAAACUACGGAAGGUCAAGACUUGUGGACGGAUCUCACGUGUGCUCUGGGAGAGUGUAGAUGUUUUUUGGAGG